ACUGUAUGUAUAUGUAUCAUUGUAAUUUCCAUUCGCGUUCUUGAUCCCUUUCUCUGCCUAUAAAAUUGCAAAUCCAUCAAAGUCCCAAAUUUUAGGGUUUCCAUGCCCAUUGCCAGGGCAUCAUUUAUGAAGUUGCAAUUGCAAUUAAUUCAUGGGCCUAAAUAUGGUUUGAUCUUUACGAUCAGAUUUAGCGAAAGGAUUGGAAUUGGUUAUGGAUUUGGGAAGUGAAUCUGUGGAAGAAAAUGAAGUGACUCAUGAUGGAAUUGAGAACGGGACUAAGGAUGAAGGUUCCUCUGGAUUCGGUGAUGGAAAUUCUGAUGCUAACACUGAGAAAGCGGAUCAACCGGGAACGGUUGUCCAAGUGGCUUGUGAAGAAGCUGUGAGUCCCAAAGUGACGCCAACAAAGGGGUUUGGAUUGAGGAAAUGGAGGAGAAUUAAGAGGAACGUUGUUAAGGAUCCGAAUGUGAGUGUGGAUUCAAGUAAAGUGCUCAAGAGGGGCUUGUCUGGCGGUAACAAUUUGAUUGAAAUGCGUGAUGUUAAGGAAAAGAGUGAUGGGUCUCCAAAUAUGUUUGAAAAUCCUGGGUUGUCUGAUGUCUAUUCGAUACCUGGUUCUAGUCCUGAUUCUAGAUAUGCAGUUGGCUCUGGUUUUGCUGUUGGGACUGAUUCGGAGAAUAGCGAGGAUCGCAGUAGCAAGUCUUCUACGGCAGCUAGUGAGCCUAAGUUGAAGUAUGAAAAGAGCCGAAGCAAGAAUGUUAAUUCAAAGAAUUUAGCCAACUUGACUCAACGGGUUCAACAAGGAAAUGCAAGGGUCGAAAGCAAUAAGAAACCCGGAGGAGGUGGAAAAGUCAAAAUGGAAAAGGAAAAUUCUGUUUCUAGUGUGGAAUCCGAUUCAAGAAGCUCCAACUUUAAGCAAAGCUACUUUACAGUUACUAGUAAUGGUUAUGGAGAACAUAGUGGUAGGCCCACUGGUCAGGAUGAUGGUAAUACUAGCGAAGGCGUUCACGCCAAUGAACAUUUCUCUGGAGGUGUUCAAAGCAGGUGUGGCAACAAAAACAUGGGUGAAGAUGAAGAUCUUUUACAAGAGAAUAUAGCUACAAAUUCGUCUUGGGAUGCUACAGAAGAAAAAAGUGUGAACAACCAUUCUUCAACCAGUGAAGAUCCCUUAAUUGGGUCUAUAAGUAGCCUUCAGGCUAUCCAGGAAGCACUUGAAGAAGAAGUCCUGAAAUUGAAAGAGAUGGAGAUUGAAGUUGUCUCACCAGAUGAUGACUCAACCAAGUGUAGCAGUGCAUCUGCUGGCACCACACUUCUUGAUGCGGGACUUCAUAAGCCAUACUUAUCUGGUCAAUCUGAUGCAGCAGAAGCUAAGCAGACUGCUACAAGUUCCUUGGAACUUGAGGUAUUGAGCCUGACUCAAAAUGUAAAUAUUUUGGAAAGCAAGUUGGAGGGAUUACAGGGCAUGCUUGCACUGAAGGAUUCCAGGAUUGCUGAGCUUGAAAACGCCCUAAAUAGUGCUAGGUCUCCUAAGGAAGAAUCUUCUAGCACCAUUGGUAUUUCAGAGGAAAAACGCAGAGAGGAAGAGUGUGAGCUCGAGGGCCUUUUUCUGCAGAAGAUUGAAGCUGAAGUUGAAUACCUGGCCAUCACAAAGGUGAUGCAAAACUUGAAGUCCAAGGCAGAUUGUCAACGUACAUUACUUGAAGAACAAGAAAAGCUCUCUGAAAAUCAAGCACAGGUUCUCAACGAGGUGGUAGAGGCAGAGAACAGGGCUUCAGUGUUAAAGAAGAAAGCAGAAGAGUUGGAAAAGGGUGAUAGUUUAGUAGUUGAGGAGUCUUUUGUGCUUCAGAAGAGAGUGUGUAAGGUUACAUUUUGUCUUUUCGUACAAUUCAUGUUGUUAGUGUUGUUCUUUUGGGUUUUUGUGUCACAGUUAUCUUUCAGUUCUGAGGUGAUUGUACCAACAUGAGUCAGCAAAGUUAGGUUCAGUUUGUGCAUUCUCAGGUUUCUUGCUGAUAUUUGAAUGUAAAAUUUCAUUGUUAUAUAAAAAAAUAACCCUUCUUUUGAAUCUUUUUCUGGGUAGGGUUUUGCUCACCUUGUAUUGGUAUUAUUUGUUCACGGCCAUAAUUUUUUCAUUGUAAUUUUUGGUUGAGACAUGCGAAAGUGAAAUACAGUUGCUAUGUAAGAAUUUUCUGAGA